AUGUCAAAACGUACACGUGCUUGUAGCGAUGACGAAGAAAACAUUUCACGUGGAUCGGAGAAUGAUUAUUUUCAUACAAAUACAAUUUUGAAAGAUAAUAACACAACAUGCACAGAUAAAUCUAGUAUUGAAAAAUUGGCUUGUAGUAGUAAUAACCUUGAAGAUGAUUCUACACGGACUCAUUCAACUGCCCAAAAUAACAUGACAUCAACAACAUUAGAAAAUAACAAUUUAUCGAUUGCAGAAUCUCCACUUAAGAAAGUUAAAUCGAAUCAUGAAAUUGAUGCUUUACCUCAACCGUCAAACGACAUGAAUGGAACCAAUGUCAAUCGUGAACACAGUCCUAACUUUAUUCCUCCAUUCGUGGCAACAGAGGAUGAUCCAUUUGAUGCUUUGUCUGGAAGAAAUUCCAUGACUGAACCUGAAAAUAUUUCUUCCUCAAUACUAAAUGCUGAAAACGGUGAGCCCUAUAAUGACACUAAUCAACCUGAAGAACGAUAUCUUUAUAAUGCUGCUACUUGCACUUUUACUCUUCCUUCUCUUCCAUUUAACAGAGAGACCACUCUUCCAGUCAUGGCAAGCAAUAAUACUUCAAAUGACGAUGACGAAUAUGAACAAAUCAUUGCUCGCCGAUAUGACGAUCCCUAUUACACCACCUCCAAUUCCUCUUACUCGACACGCUUAUAUUCCUUCGACGAAACUCAUCAACAAGAAGAAGAAUUCGAAGAUUCUUUCAUUCAUGAAAACUAUGAACAGAAUGGUUGGUCUCGCAAAACACACCAUCACAUGACAGAUUGGGACAACCACACUCAAAUUCCUUCCUCUCAUCAACGAAAACGACGAGCCCUUGUUAACAGUACCACCAAUCACAACAGCAGCCUUUACAAUUCUUUCACGCAUGACCAUGACAAUGAGGAGAGGUUGUAUGGUGCUUCUUCUUCCUCUUUUGCAGAUGAAUCCGAUUUGGUGCCUUACCAUUUAAAAAAAUACUCUUCGUUGCAGCGAGAAGACGUCGAACCAAACGUUUCUGAUCAUCAUCAUACGACUCGUCGGAAGACAAACAAUUGGAAUCGUCUGUUACCAAAUUACAGAAUGCCAGUCUUGCAAAAUUCAAACGUUGAGAGUAGUACUCCAUCCACGUCCUCUCCGGUGCCCUCCACCAAUGGUGAUAAUAUGAAUGGGCAAAAGAGAGUACAACAAGUAGGAAGUAGCAAUAGAGGUAGUGGUAGUAAUGGUAUGGAUGAUCCAGAAAAUGGUGGUGUUGGCGAUUUGGCUCCCAAUAAUAAUGGUAAUCCUCUUGAUCAUCAUGAAAAUGGUUUGAAUAACCACCCACAAAUCAAAGAGAAGAAGACCAUUCUGAUAUCGGAUGUAGUCAAAUACCGACAUUUGGUUUGUAUUCAUACCAAAUCGUUUUCAGAAAAUGGUUCUUGCUUGUUGAUUAAUUUAUAUUUGGACAGGACAAGUCCAUACUCGUGUAAAGCACCAUCUGCACCUUCAGCAUCAUCGGCAGAACCAGUUAUUGAAACAUCAUCAUCAACAACAACGUGCAAUCAAUUCAUCAUCACUGCCAAGAGUGAUCUUAAAAAGUUUAUCACGUUACUUUCCGAGCAUACAAACAUUCCGAUUCGGUCUGUGUGCUUUAAGCGAACUUUGGGAGAGAGACAAAAGAUUGUACCUCUCUCAGCGAAUGUGUUCAAUGUGUUUCAGAAUAUUACCGUUUCUAAACCGUUGAAAUUAUUCAUUAAUGGAGAUGAGUUUGUUGAAUUUGACUUUAAUAAUAUGCAUGUCGAUCAUGGUAAUGACCUUUUUAAAGAAAAGAAAUUCGAGCAGGCUUUGGAGCAUUAUAAUAUUUCAUUGUCUCAUUUCCCCAAUGUCGUUCGUGUCAUGUCUAACAUUGUACUGUGUUACAUGAGAAUGAACAAAAAGUUUGAGGCAUUUAGAGAGUCGAACAACAUUUUAUUGAAGGAAGCAACCAGCAAGGACAAGGACGACCUUCCAUUCUUUGAAAAGUCAUAUUCUAGAAGAGCACAAUUGGCCUAUGAUUUGACCUCCCAAUUAGACACACUCUCGAGUCAAGAAUUGAAUGAAUUACGAGAAAUUGUUACAUCUAUUUUUGAGAAGUCUCCUCUGAAAGACGCAUCUCUGAAUAUUCAACUUAAUUAUCUUUGUUUCAGUGAUAUGUGUAAGCACUUCCGUUUGGCUGGUGUUCUGACUGACGCAAUAACCGCCAAAAAGAAGGAAGAGUCUAAUCCAGCCUUAAAGGUCUCACGAGACUACAAAUUGAAGGCAUACCACUAUUUACUCCACAACGCUCCAGAAUAUGUAAAUUAUUGCCUCAUCACGUCUGCUCAGUCACAACACAUGGCCUCUGUUUCUGCAUUCCCACAAAGCCUAUUGACCUCAGAUAUGGUAACACAGAAUCCAUUGUUCGUAAAACCUCUUCCUUUUUGUUGUGGAGAGUGGUAUGAAAACAAAUUCCAAGAAGUUGAAGAAUUGUUUGCUGUUAAAUUAUGGAAACCCUUUUACGAUAAUAACGAAAAUAUUGAUGGAAAGAUGGUGGCAGCAGGAUCUCUAUAUAUAUUUAUCAUAUUUACUGCUCUCAAAUACUUGUUGCUGAAACCAGAUUUACCCUCAUUGCUGAAUGAGAAUAACUUUAAGGUCAUUGACAGAAUCAUGCAUUUCCUACAUUUUAAUUCUGGAUCACCUCCAAAAGCGUUCUUAUACAUUGACGCCAAGACAUCAACAAAUACGAUAGAGGUCACAGACUUUGUCUCUAAGGGAUGUAUCGAAUUUAUUCACAUCAAGGUGAAAGAUUUCCACUUUAUUGUUGAGUUCAAACAACCUGCUUCCAGUACGUUCAGUGUCAGCGACAGCUCCUACGGCGAUGUACAUAACCGUGUGAAACACUCUCCUUCUGAACAAUUCCGAGUGAGAGUGGGUGACGCUUUACCAAGUGAAAUAUUGAAAUAA